AUGGAGAGGAUGGAGGAAAUGGAGGAAACCGAGCAGAGUAAAAAGAUGGAGGAGAAGCAGGAGAAGCAGGAGAAGCAGGAGAAGCAGGAGAAGCAGGAGAAGCAGGAGAAGCAGGAGAAGCAGGAGAAGCAGGAGAAGCAGGAGAAGCAGGAGAAGCAGGAGAAGCAGGAAGCAGGGCAGAAUGGAAGAAUGGACGAGUCGAAACACAAGAUGGAGAUGGUGGUGAAAGACUACCACGGCCAGCUGGGCAAACUCGCACUGCUGGCAAGGCCGCACCGGACAGACGAACUAGGUGUGCAGAUCCAAGAUGGGCACGAGUUGGUGCGGCAGACACUGUGUAAGCUGGAAAUGGGGACGCUGUUGGCGGUUAGCACAGGCAAUUCGGAAUCGACGAGCAUGCAGCCAUGUUAUGUGCUUCUUGACAUGAAGGCCGCGUGCUUGGAGAUUUUGGAUUUGGAGUUUGCUUUUCGAGGUGACGUGGGGGUGGGGGUGGGGGUGCCCGGGGCCGCGGAAGCGAACGGCCCGGGCAUCCCGCGCCGCGUUGCCCUGGCUGCCAAGCAGCCCAUCGGCGUCGCCCGCCUCGCGCCCAUCAGCUGCACCGUCUCCUUUCCCCCUUGGCCAGUCGAGCGAGUGCAGAUAAGUCGACGCUGCAUCCGCCUGUCGACCAUGGACUCGGACGCAGCUUCGGACAACGACGUCUAUCUGGCCGCGCCCAGGGCCGUUCUGGCACAAUGGCAGACAGGCCUGUCACGCCGUGCCCUCGCUGGCAGUGGCCGCAAACCUGCCGCGCGCCGCCUGCACGCCAACUCGCCUGACCGCGCAUCGACAUCAGCAUCAGCGACGCCAGCGCCCCUGGGCAUCUUGACGGUCGCACCGCGCCGGACCGCCCGCCGUUGGGCCACGCAGGAGGAGCAAGAGGCAGUGCGGAGACUGGUGGAGGCGCCGUGUAUUGAAUCCUCACAUGACUGGCACGCUGCAUCACCAGCCACAGCCAGAGCCACAGCCAGAGCCACACCUCCAGCCACAGACACAGCCCCACCAAAACCCACGCCACCACUGGCACUCGCACCCACAGCCACUUGCACACCUUCACCAAUACCUUCGCCAACACCCUCACCAACACCAACACCAACACAAACACCCAUCCGCAGCCCUGCUCGCCCGCCUCCUUGCCUUCCCACCUAUCCACACGCUCAAGCCACCCCCGAAGAUGCGGCCUAUGAUUCUCUAUCCGCCCACAACUCACUCCCUAGCCUACUCCCCAGCUCGUGUCCUGACUUGCCCACCAUAAUUGCUACAAACACCGACACCAUCGUGCACGAUGCCCUCGGCGAUUUUGGCACUCGAUUUGGCGCCCGCUUUGGCGCACGCCUCACCCAGUCCGUGGCCGCACAACUCGUGCAGCACGCCAGCCAGCGCGAAGACGCGGCUCACGCGCACCAUGUCCAGACGCAGCAAAGUCUGGCUGCCCUCGCUGCUGCCUCUCAUGUCGAUUCAACACGACUAUCCGACACCCUGCGCAUCGCCGCCACCCACGAUAGACAGCAUCUAGCCACCAUGCUCGCUGAGCAAACAGCCCAUCUCAGCCGUGAGCUAGGCCAAGUCGUUGCCCGACUAGAGCAAAAAUUUGAAAAUAACGUCGUCACCGCGCACAUGCAGAACCAAAACGCCAAACGUCUGCUCACCGAGUAUCGCCAGCGAUUGCUUGACUGCGACGACCGGUCCUCGGAGGAGAAUGAUCGUGUGAGAGCGAGGGAGCUUGCGCGUGAGGCGCGGCAGACACAAGCCAGAGAAGCACUGCGGCGGCACUAUGCAACGGACGCUAGGGACCGCUCUGAAGUCGAAGUGGAUAAGCACGCUGGGAACCGCUCGAAAGGGGAACUGGAUGAGCGUGCGCUAAUCUUUGCUGCACAAAGCAAUGAGUUGCACGCUCAAAUGCGUCGUAGCGCUCAACACGAUAGACAAGGCCGUCGCACAUUGCAGCAGCAACAUGGCCAACACGUUGCCGCCCAACAAUCCGCUCUCCACACACGACUUGGCGACAUGGAGCACCAGCGGGAUAAGCACCAUACCCAGGCAGAAGAAACGCAACAGCAGAGAGAUGGCGCCCUUGAUGUUGCAGAGGAGAUGCAAGCGAGGAGUCAUGGCAGUCUCCGCCACGCUCGAGAUGAUGCUCAUGUCCGUCAAAGCUUGCUCCAACAGCAUACCGACUAUCUAUCUCAACACGUAGCUACCUUGGACGCUGCACGCACCAACGCAGGAAAGGAACAAGAGCAGAGCACUGCACGGGCCCACGAUGCCGAACGAGAACGCGAUGGAGCGCUUUCUCUCUCAGCGCAAAUCCAAGCCACAGCAGCCAGCGCGCUCUCUAGCUCACAGCACACGGCGGAUACGCGCCAGCGCCUACUGGAAACCCAUAACACCCAUCUCCUCGACCACAUGGCAGCAUUAGUCUACCAAAAAGGCCAACUAGAAAUAGAGGCACACGACUCACAACAGCAACGCGAUCUGGCACUCGAUCUGUCCGAACACAUGCAAAUGUCAAUAGAAAGCGCUCUCCACGCCACGCACUCAGCAGCAGCCACUCGCCAAUCCCUUCUCCAACGUCACAAUACUGGCCUUCAACAUUCCCACAUGCUAGCCGACCAUCGGGCCGAGUCAGGUCAACGCAGUCUCACGGCCACGCUUAAGCUGGGUAGCUCUAGUGCGGCGGCGUUUGCGCAACUGCAAGAAAAGAACAGAGCGCUGACAAAUAAGCACGCUGAAAGCAGAGCCAGCAUGCAACUCGCACGGGACGCAGAGCAACGCGCCCUAGACGCCGUCGAGACGGAACGUGACACUGCAACGCUCCAACAGGCCCAUCAUCUGCGCACUCAGUCCACAGACAAGGCUCUCCGAGAUAUGCACAUUAUGCAGCUGCAGAGUCAGGCUCCCAUGGCUGAUAGCGACCUGCACGCCCGAACGCGACAACUUUCACGCUUGCUAAAGGAUGAAACUGCCAUAGUGGAGCGUGUGCGCGAGACAGCCAAGCAGAGAGAGGACGUGGCAGCCAGACAGCGUCUAGGCAUAGAAAGUUUAACUAGCUAUGUGGCGAAAUUUGUGGAGCCGGGAGUUGCAGUGCCUCAGGGUUCGUGGAAACGCGUUUUGCACGGGUUGACCAACGUGGUGGCGGAUUUGGGGUGGAAUGAGGAGGGGGACAGGGACAGUGGAGAAGAGGAUGGUGAUGGUAGGGAGGAGGAGUAG